AUGAGUGAACCAUCAUCAACACCAACGAACAACACCCUUAAUGAAUUAAUAACUGUGACUGAACAAUGUUUGUCGCCUGAUAAUCGUUCAGUACAUGUUCACUCGAGAAAUUCCUCUAAAACACUUAAAUGUCCAAAAUGUAAUUGGCAUUAUAAAUACCAAGAAACAUUGGAAAUUCAUAUGAAAGAAAAACAUCAAAUGUUAACAAAUUGUGAUGGAAAUGGAAAUGGAAAUAAUUUGAAUGAAAAUGAAACAAAUUGUUCAUAUUGUUUAUCAAAUAGUGUUCAUCCACGUUUAGCUCGUGGUGAACAAUAUCCAUGUGGAUUUAAACCAUAUAGAUGUGAUUUAUGUCUUUAUUCAACAACAACUAAAGGAAAUUUAGCAAUACAUAUGCAAUCAGAUAAACAUAUGAAUAAUUGUAGAGAUUUGUCUUCACCAUCUAUUCAACAACAAUUAACAUUUACAUCUUCACCUGACAAUUCUUCAUUUGAUCAAACAUCUCAAUCACAAGAAAUAAAAAUGGCAAGCGAAUGUUCAUCUAUUGAAACAUAUUCAUGUCCACUUUGUCCUCAAUCAAAUUUCAAUAGAAUGGAAUCAUUGAAAGAACAUUUAUGUUCAAUUCAUAAUUGUAGUCGAGAUGCAUUGAAUCGAUGUUUAUCAUUAAUCGGAGAUUCAGGAUUUUCAUCAAUGGCCGAAACAAAUUCUUCUGAUGAAUAUCGUUGUCAUUCUUGUCACAAUAAAACAUUUAAAGAUUUUUAUCAUUUAUUAAAUCAUUUUCAAGAUGAAAAUCAUAUUGAUGAAGAAACAACAAAAUCAGUUGGUUUAUUAUGUUGGAAAAAAGGAUGUAAUCAAUAUUUUAAUUCGUUAAAUAAUCUUGAAAAACAUUUUCGUGAAAUUCAUUCAAUUAAUUUAAAUGAUAAAAAUUCGUUAGAUAUAUCAUUAAUAAAUAAAGAUAUUAAUAAAGAAGAUAAAGAUAUAAAAGAUAUAUUAAAUGAAAAUAAAAUAAAUUCAUCAUCUAUUGGAACACAAAUAAAUUUUUUAUCAAAAACUCGUGAAAGAUUAAUAUCUAUUGGAGAAGAUAUUGCUUUACAUUAUUUAGAAAAUUUAUCGAAUUCAAAUACAAAUUCAAAUUCAAAUUCAACAUCAAGUUUAAAUUCAAAUUCAAAUUCAAAAUAUUUAAAUGAAAUAAAUUGUGAUUUAUGUUUUAAAAAAUUUUCAAGUUUAUCAAGAUUAAAAGUUCAUUAUGAAGAUAUACAUUCAAUUGUAUUAUCAUCACGUGCUAUACAACAUUGGAUUUUUCUAUUAGAAAAACUUCAUUCAUCAUCAUCUUCUUCUUCUUCUUCUUCUAUUAAUUUAACAUCAUCAAAUAAAUUAAAAAGACAAUCAUCAUCAUUAAAUGAUUUAAAUCAAAUUAAAAAAUCUCGUUCAAAUUCAAAUUCAAAUAUUAAUUCCAAUGAUAAUAAUAAUCUAUCAUCAUCAUCAUCUUGUUUUAUUUAUACACAUUGUCGAUCACCAACUAUUCAUUCACAUUCAUAUGAUUUAACACAUAAUAAACGUCAAAGAACACGUAUUACUGAUGAACAAUUAAAAAUUUUACGUUCAUAUUUUAAUAUAAAUAAUAGUCCAACUGAUGAACAAAUUAAAUUAAUGUCAGAAAAAAGUCAAUUAACAACGAAAGUUAUUAAACAUUGGUUUAGAAAUACAUUAUUUAAAGAAAGACAAAAAAAUAAAGAUUCACCAUAUAAUUUUUCAAAUCCUCCAUUACAAACAAAUAAAAUUGAUUUAGAUGAAUAUCAAAAAACUGGAAUUAUUAUUAAAAAAACAUUUAAUGAUUCAGAUUAUUCCGAUAAUGAUUUAACAUCAAAUGAUGAACAAGAUAUUCUUCUUUCUGAUGAAGAUUUUUAUGAUUUAAAUAAAUUAAAUCAUAUUCAACAAUUAAAUCAACAACAAUCACAAUCACAAUCACAACAACCACAGAUUUCAAAACAACAACAACAACAACAACAACAACAACAACAACAACAAUCCUCUUCAUCAUCAUCAUCAUCUCGACGUGCUAAUCGAACACGUUUUAGUGAUGAACAACUUCGUCUUCUUCAAGAUGCAUUUGAAGGAAAUCCUUAUCCAAAAGAUGAUGAUUUAGAAAUUCUUUCUGAUAAAUUAAAAUUAAAUUCUCGUGUUAUUGUUGUUUGGUUUCAAAAUGCUCGACAAAAAGCAAGAAAAUCUUAUGAAAAUAAUUCUCCAAAUGAAAAUACAAAUCAACAAAUUCAAUAUAAACAAGAUAAAGAUGAUGGAUAUUCAUGUAAAAAUUGUCAUAAAUUAUUUCAACGUUUUGCUGAAUUAAUGAAACAUGCUAAACAAUGUUCAUCACCUUGUUUAAUUAAAAAAACUUCAAAUGAUGAUAAUAAUAAUAAUUCAAAAGAAUUAAUUCAAUUAAAUCGUUCAUCAUCAUAUGAUAUGUUAAUUAAAAAUAGUCUUCCUUUUUCAAUAUCAUCAUCAUUAUCAACAUCAACAUCAACAUCAUCAUCAAAUAAAAAAGAUAAUUAUUGUGAACAAUGUGACAAAUAUUUUCAUUCAAUUAGAGAUUUUAAUGAACAUCAAACAUUCCAUAUGCAAGCUUUUAUUAAUGCUGCUACUCUUUUUCCACUUGCUCCUUUUCAUCCAGCUGCAGCUGCUGCUGCUGCUGCUGCUGCAGCUAUGGCUGCUUUUUCAUCACAAUUAUUUCAAAAUAAUCAAAAUUUUCCAAUGGUUGGAUUAGAUAUAAAUAAUUCAAAUGAUAUAAAUAAAACAAAAAAAAAAAAAAGUAGUCAAAGUUUAUCAUCAUUUGGUUCCGAUUCGUCAAAUGAUAUUGAAGAAGGUGAUGGUGAUGGUGAUGGUGAAGAUGAAGAUAAUAAUGAUGAUGAUGUUAAUGAUAAUGAUGAUGAUAAUGAUGAUAAUGAUGAUAAUGAUAAUGAUAAUGAUGAUGAAGAAUUAUGUGGUGAUGAAUCAAAUGAUGAAAAUAAAAAACUUUCAUCACAAAAACGAAAUCGAACAACAAUAUUACCUGAACAACAAGAUUAUUUAAUGUCAAAAUAUUCAAUUGAAUCAAAUCCAUCAAGAAAAAUGUUAGAAGAUAUAUCAGAAGAAGUUAAAUUAAAAAAACGUGUUGUUCAAGUUUGGUUUCAAAAUACUCGUGCGCGAGAAAGAAAAGGAAAUAUUAAAUUUGAUUCAAAUAUUAAUUUAAAUUCUUUAGAUAAUCAACAACAACAACAACAACAAAUAAUAAUUAAUAAAAAAUGUCUUUAUUGUUCAUUAACAUUUAAAUUAAAAUCUACACUUGAUAAUCAUUUAUUAUUAAAACAUUCAGAUAAAUAUAAAAAAAAAGAAGAUUUAUUAUUAAUUGAUUAUGAUUUAUUUCCAUCAAAUAAUUUUAAUUUAAAUGAUGAACUUCCACUUGAUUUAUCAAAAUCAUCUUUUAAAAAUGAUUUAAAUGAUAAUAAAAUUGAGAAUGAUUAUUUAAUUAAUGAAUCGAAUGAUUCAACUGAUCAAUCAAUUGAUGAUAUUAAUCUUUUUUAUAAAUCUAAAGAUAAAUUUAUUUCAAAUGGAAAUUUAUCACCAAAUAAUAUUCAACAACAACAUCAACAACAUCAUUUAUCAUCAAAUAAUUCAUUAAAUGGACAAAGAAGAUUUCGAACACAAAUGACUCCAUUACAAAUUAAAUUAAUGAAAGCGAUUUUUCUUGAAUAUAGAACACCAACAAUGCCUGAAUGUGAAUUAUUAGGAAAAGAAAUUCAAUUACAAAAACGUGUUGUACAAGUUUGGUUUCAAAAUGCUCGUGCUAAAGAAAAGAAAAAUCCUAAUUUUUUUAAAUCCGAUCUUCCAGAUGAAUAUCAAUCAACAAAUGAUCAAUGUAAAUUAUGUCAAUGCAAAUAUACAUUACAAAAUCCUCAAAGAGAUCAUUUAUUUACAUCAAAACAUAUUGAAAAUAUUCGUUCGAUUUUAUCUAAACAAAUAGGAAAUGUUUCAACAACAACACCAACACCAACACCAACAACAAUAACAACAACUAAAGAUGAUUUAAUAAAAAAGAACAGUAUAAAUAAUAAAAUUGAUAUUGAGAAUAAUUCAAAUCAAUCAGUAUUAGAUAAAUCAUCGAAAGAUGAACAAAAUCAAUUAAUGUCUUAUAUUAAUUUAAUGCAUCUUAUGCCAAUUGGUAUUGAUCCAUAUAAUUAUGGUUUAAUGGAUCCAAAUAUACAUGGUACACCAUUAUUUAUGUUACAAUUACCUGAAGAAGCUUUAAAAAAAAUUCUUUCAUUAAGUAAAUCCGAUGCUCAUUUAACACGUGCUCAAUAUACUCAAGAUGGAAAAAAUCUUCAAGAUUUAUUUGAUCAUUCUUAUCAUCAAGUUGAUUAUCAAAUAAUUGAUGUUGGUUAUGCUUGUAAAAGAUGUUAUCUUGUUUGGCCAUUAUAUGAAUCAUGUCGAUGUCAUGCAUUAGUUUGUUGGCAAAUAUCUGGAUCAACAUUACCUCAAUCUAUAAAAUCAAGUGAAGAUUUAAAUAAUUUAUCAGGUUAUAUAUUUAAAAUCGAACAAUUAACAUAUCGAUGUUUAUUAUGUAAAACAUCAUAUUCAACAACAAUUGAAUAUGAAAAACAUACAAAAGAUGAUAUUCAUUUAAAAAAAAAACAACUUUCAAUUUCAACUAUUCAAGAGAAUGAUUCAUAUUAA